AUGGCCCCAGUGAGCCAGGGACCUUGGUCGAGGAAGAGGAGGAGUACAAUACUCACAAAGAGCUGUCCCAUGGGAUGUGGGAAGAGUACCCCAAAAAUCCAGUGCCCUUGGAGACUUGGGAAGAUUACAGCAAAAGCCAAGUGUCCCAAGAUGUGUCAGAAGACCAUGGCAGCAAAGAACUGUUUCAACAGGAAGAUGCAGAGGGCACAGCCGCAGCAGGAGAGGCCGUCAGCAGCCUGCAGAGGGCAUCUCCUGCCCUGGGCGGUGCUACCGACACCAGGGAUGACCCAGGCACACCCCAGAGUCGAGCAUUGCCCCAGACAGGGCAGGUCUGGCCCAGCCAUCCCAGAAAGCAGCAUCACACACACCAGCCCUGGCCAUGCACCUUCCACUCUUCCCUGGGAAGAGCUCUCAGCACUGGGGCUGCAGGCAGGAGCUUGUCUGUGCCCACCCAUCUCCUUGGGGACAGAUCUCCUCCUCCCACAGGCAUUCAUGCCCCGGCCCAAAGGCCACAGCGCUCCCUGUCCAGGUGGGCACUCGGUGCUGUGCUCAGGGCAUUCCUUGGCACCUGCGGCCCACGGGAGCAGGAGCAGCAGUGCCAGGCUGUCAGCACAGGGCAGGGGCCUGGAGAUGGACAUUGAGACCUGA